AUGAGUGUGGUGACGGGGGCGCUGGGAAGCCUCGCCCCCAAGCUUCUUCAGCUGCUCCAUGGUGAGUACAAGCUGCAGAAGGGCGUGAAGAAGCAAGUGGAGUCGCUCUCCCGCGAGCUGGACAGCAUCUACGCUUUCCUCCACAAGGUCUCGGAUGUGCCAUGGGACCAGCUCGACGAGCAGGUCAAGUUGUGGGCGCGCGAGGUCAGGGAGGCAUCCUACGACAUGGAGGAUGUCCUCGACACCUUCCUCGUUCUCGUCGACAGCGGCAAGAACAACGCCGACUCCAGCAACCUCAAACUUGCCAUGACCAAGAUGGGUGAGCUGUUCAGCAAGGCCAAGGCUCGCCGUGAUAUUGCAGCAAAGAUCAUGGACAUAACAAAGCGUCUCGAAGAGGUGGCCAACAAUCGUCAGAAGUGCAAACUUGAUGAGAUUAUGUGCAAGCCCCUCGCAGCAACGUCAACUAUGGCUCCCCGCCUUUAA